GCUUUAGUCUUCUUUUACUUUCUCUUUCAAUACUCAUGCUUUAGAAACUGAUAUUUGGACGAUCCCCAUAUUAUAGUUUCCUCUCAUUGCUCUGAUUUUCAGUGCUCAGCAAAGCUUGUGGUUCCCUGUCAAGGGUUUGUUUUGUUUUUCGUUCUUGGGUUGUCUUCAAAUUCUAUUUUCCUCCAAACUAUUCCUUACCCAUUUCUGUUUGGGUCCCGAGAUGGGGAAGACACCGUUACAUGGACCAAAAUCAACUUAAGUAGCUGAAUAAGUUCAUUUUGCACUGUCUAGGAAUUUCAUGACCAUUUGAUGGAUAUUACCCAAAUAUUAUGAGGAUAAAAUGAGAAGAAACUGUAGGAUUUGGUGGCCAAAGCAGCUGCUAUCAAAGGAUCCAUCUUUGUGCGAUCUGCUAUUUGGGUGGUUUGUCUCUUGCUCUGAGGCCUCACUUGAUAUUGUGGUAGCUUUUGCAUCCAAUCAAGUGUCAGUCCCUGCUCCACAAUCUGGUCUGGAGGCAAUACUCCACAAUGUAAAUGGGAUCCUGCAUGAAUCUUUACAGGAAAAAUCAAUGUUUUCUUUACUGGGUCAGUGUACUGCACAUCUCAGCAAUGAGCAAGUGUCCCAGAAUGGAAUGAAAGAGGAACAAAGAAAGUCCUCUGGGCUUGGUGGUGUAUCUGCAAUGAACAGCCAGGAUAUUUGCAGACAAGAUUAUGGAGAACAGAGAUGUGGUUGCCAAAAACUAAAUCUAUUAGUAGAAGGAUGCAAAAAAGCUUCUAUUGGAAGCAGUUACUGGUGCCGGCUCUUAUAUGAUUAUCAGGUCCUUUCCGACAAGAAAAAUCAUUGGAUUCCUAAAUUGCAUCAUAUUCAUUGGAAUGGACAAAUUGUGUCACAAUGUGAUGUUCACGUAUAUCAUAGUCUAUGAAACUCCAGUGUAUGGUCUGCAUCAUUUCUCAUUGGGUGUUUGGGGUUCUCCUGAACUCCUAAAAAGUCCUCUCAAGAAACCAAAGUGGUUUGAUGGACUUCACGAAAAGCAGCCUCUAACCGACUUGGAUACAGUUAUUCUGGCAAUCAAUAGUGCUAGUGCUGCUAAGAUAUCCUUUGACAGACUUGAAGGUUCCAAGAGAUACUGUGGAAAAACUUUCCUUGUGUGGACGCUCGGGCAAAUAUUGGCGUUCUUCAUUGCUUCUUUGUCCACUAUGUUCUAUAUUAUUCUUCAGUUUUUCCAUUGCAUAUUGAGUUUUGGGUCACAGAUGUGGAUGUACACUGCAGCAGCAAAGGCAUUCAGCAAUGCAUCAGUACAUAUGCGAAUCCGUUGUUGUCAGAUUUUGUAUUGGCCAGUGGUUCUUUGGGAUAAUGACCUUAGGUCCCAGUCCAGUGUGGAGUACGCGGAGAAAGCGGCAUUAAAUAGGCAUUCCAUGUGGUCAAGUUUAGCUGUUGACGUUUUUUUGGGACAUGUCAUUGGUUUGGUGUUCUUAUUUUAUGCAGAAUCCAUCAACUUAUGGGUUUUGAACUUUGCUAGUGACCUCACAAAUGAGUUGUUGCGUUCUGGCUGUGUAUGGUUGAUGGGAGUUCCUGCAGGUUUCAAGUUAAACACAGAACUGGCAGGGGUUCUUGGCAUGGUUUCUCUCAAUGCCAUCCAAAUCUGGUCUACACUUUGGGCCUAUGUGGGUCCACUCUUCAUAUAUUUCAUUAAAGGACUUGCUAUAUGGGCAAUUCUUUUUGGGGUAACUGUACCUGCUUCUUUGCUCAUAGACACAAUUCUUAUAGUGACAUUUCAUCUGUCAACUCUUCAUUGGUUGAUCUCAAUUCUGUAUUCACAACAACUAUACACAUUAGCAGCUUUGUGGCGCCUGUUCAGGGGGCGAAAGUGGAAUCCUCUUCGUCAGCGACUAGAUAGUUAUGAUUACACUGUGAAGCAACAUGUUGUUGGAUCACUUCUGUUUGCACCACUUCUGCUUCUGCUACCAACAACUUCUGUUUUCUAUAUCUUCUUAACCAUUAUGAACACAAUCAUCAGCCUUACCUGUAUAUUGAUUGAACUCAUUAUAUCAUUAAUCCAUGCUACACCUUACAUUAAGAUCAUCCUUUGGUUGGUGAAACGAAGAAGAUUUCCUUCUGGCAUAUGGUUUGAAAUCGUAACCUGUAGCAACAAUUACAUCCAUCCUCCAGAGUCAUCAUCUGUUGAUGGAAGCAGUUCGCAUUUUGAGGGAAAUAUGUCAGCUACAUUGAUUACAAUUCUCCAUGGCAACUUUUUGAGCAUAGGACAAAUAGUUUUGCCUCACUAUAGAAAGGUUUUUUCUGCGGUUCCUGGAUCAUAUUUUCCUACUGCAGCCUUUGGAGUUCUAACUGGGAAAAGAAUAGCUUCCUCUUUGGGGGUCACUUUUCCUCCAACAAUGCCAUGGAUGUCCAUCCCCUGCAAAGAUUAUUGGUUUCUGUGUCAUAAUUCGAUUCUUGCAUGCUUUGCAGACAUUUGACUGCCUUGUAUGUCACUGAUUUGGUACUCCUUAUUGGUUCUCAGUCUAAUAUUUCAAUUUUGUAACUAGUAGUUGAUCCUUUCUGAUUAAUAGAGAAUUAGUUCACAAAUUGUGUGCUCCAAUUUGACUUGCCUUAAAGAGAAAUACCGUUUUUUUUUUUAAUUUUCGCUUUGAAUGGGCUACAUGUAUAUAAUGGGUGUCUUAUGACUAUCCAU